UCCUGUAUUUCAACGUGAGCAGAGUCAUUUUAUUAAUCCGAAUCAAGAUAAUUUGUUUUACAAUACAAAGAUAGAACGUGGUUCCUAUCCUCAAUUUGGCAUUUCUGACAGUCUCCAGAGAUCUAUUUAUAAAAUCGCGGAACGAUCUUCAGGCCUAGAGCCAUUUAUAAGAUUGAAACUACCUGUUAGGUUAUCUUUAAACGUCAACGCACUCGGUGCAUACCUAGUAGUCCUAGUAGUUCCGCGUAUCCCUACCAAUACUUAUCUCCAGUUUUUUUCAAAUUCAACAGCACAUUCAUGAUAUGUCUAUUUCGGCGUUAGACAAAGAAACCGCGAGAAUCCUACGGACUAGUCAAAUAAUAACAUCUGUAUCUACCGCCACGAAAGAACUAAUCGAGAAUGCACUGGACGCUGGUGGUCAAAAUAUCGAAAUUAAUUUGUUGGACAACGGAUGUUCCUUGAUAGAAGUAAAGGAUGAUGGUUGUGGGAUUUCCAAAGUCAAUGCUCCGUACGUGGCUUUACAAAAUUACACAUCGAAACUUUCAAAUUUCUCUGAUUUAGAAACUUUGGAAACUUAUGGAUUCAGAGGAGAAGCCCUGUACGCGUUGAGUUCGAUAUCUGAUGUUACUAUCGUCACAAAGACCGCACAAGACGAAGUUGCCUCGUCUUAUACUAUCGACCAUUCCGGAAAUAUUUUAAAAUCUGAAUUGUGCCAUAGGCCCACGGGAACAACCGUUCAAGUUAGGGAACUAUUCAAACUUAUACCAGUUAGGAGACAAAUAAUUAAAAACCCCAAAAAAUCUAGCCAAGACGUUAAAGCAUUGAAGUCGAUGAUAAUAAGCUAUGCGAUGUGUAAAUAUUCUGUAAGGAUAUUCUUCAAAGUAGAUAAGAAUAUAGUGUUCAGUAAAGUUCGAGCGAAUACUCUCGAGGAGGCGGUUCAAAACACUCUUGGUACACGCGUAACAGGCAACAUGAGUUGGAUAGAUGUUACAGAUACAGAUAUCAAAAUUAAGAUGAUGGUACCCUCAAAAGAAACGGCAAACGUAGCCGACAUUGUACAAUCUGACGCGCAAUACAUUUUCGUAAAUGAUAGACCUGUCAAACAAAAAGAAUUGGAAAAGAUAGCGAGUAAAAUAAUUAUGGAAGGAAUAGGACAGGAUCCGUCGUCGAAAAAGAAGCCAAUAUUUGUAAUAUACAUCUUGCUAAACGCUGCGAAUAUAGACGUUAAUUUGGAGCCAAAUAAAACUACCAUUCUUUUUAAGGAGAAGAAUGUGAUUUUCGAUACAAUACAAAAACAUCUAGAUAAAUUUUAUGGAAUACCAAGAGAAGUACAAGAGGAUUGCGAUAUCUCGUUUGCCGAUUAUCAAGAUUACUCGCAAAAAACGAAUACUGACAAUAUUGAAAGUGUUCCACCUACGUGUAAAAAACGAAAAGUAGAGACCGAGGAAAAUAUCGAAGGUGUCGUAAAAGAGGAGAGCGAGAGUAAGAAUGUGACGCACCGUUUAAAUUUCGUUGAUGGUAAUAAUGUCGCGUGUAACGAAGAAAUGCACGAUUCUACGAACGAACGAAAUCGUGAAGAUGAAACUGGCGAAAAGCGCGAUGAAACCGUGAAUCGUAAUCUCAACGGUCGACUACCUCCUCUAGAUUUAAGCGAAUCGGAUUCGAACGACUCCCAAUAUAACAAUAUGAGCGUGAAGGAGAUGAUUGACGAUAGUCCACAGUUCGAGCUCACGCCGAGUAAUGAAUCGCUUGAUAAAUUACCGUACGUGGAUUUGGGCGACGAUUUUGAAAUGAUUGGGGAAAACAAAGAAAACAAGAUGAAUAAUCUAAACGUGGGAACUGUGCGUAAAGAAAAUAAUUCGGAUACGAAGAAUGUGGUUACAUUACAAGAUUGGAGUAAAGGACAUGUGUCUAACUUAAAGGGAGGCACGGAUGUGAUACCUCUGAAUCGUGCGGAAUCGAACGAGCUAUCAGAGAGCGAUACGCAUACAAAUGCGUGCAAAGGCUUUGCUAUAUAUUCGGAACGUGUUAGACCCGAAGUUAUGGGAAAAUUUGGCGAUUUAACGGCAGCUCAGUGCGCUCAAACGAUAACUACCCUUUGGAAAAAUUUGUCACCCGAGGAACGUGGAUAUUAUCGAGAUCUUGCGCGCGAUAGAGAAUUGGAGCGUAAAGAAAAGAGGAAUAAAGCCGCGGAAAAAGAGGCUGCCGAAAAAGUGAAAACCAAGAAUAGGCUAUUAGAAGCUAUUGGGAAAAUGAACUUCAACAUGACGCAGAAACAAAAUUUAGUCCUAAGAACUACGGUACCUUGGAAUAUAGACAUAGAAAAAGUUACCGACAACUAUCAAAAUAAGUCUAUCGCGUGUAACCAACAUCCGAAACUUGUGGUUGGUCCGGUGGGUCCCAAUUUAUGGAUCACUCACAGAUCUGACCAUAUUUGGAUUUUAGAUUCCCGAAACCUGAAAAAGAAAUUGCAAAUAUGCGAUACUGAUACGAGCGAGGACGAUGCCGAAACUGUCGAACAUCUUCUGCAACAGUGGUUUUCGAGAACAGAUGAUUUAUCAUUGUUGCACCCGGUACAUGCGUUAUCACAAAUUACUAACUCAUGAGUCCGAUCUUCGUUUUUCAUUUGCGUUCGUUACUUGUUACAUCGUACAUAUUUAUAUCUCAUAUUUUCAACUGUAAUUUAUGUAAUAAAUCUUGACUAAGUUUUUUAAGAAA